CGCAACGGAACUUCAGUGCAGCUGCGACGAGCAGCUGACGCGGAAUCAUUCAGGUUCGUAGUAGAGCUUGCGCCGCGUACGCGACACCACACGACAGACAGGUCAAACGGUGCGCGCGCGGUGUAGUGACACACGCACGCACACGCUUCCGGACGCAGCCUCCGAGAGGACAGCCGAGAUUCGCGCGUGUCUUCGUAUCCGCCGCAAAUGAGCUCGCGCCGCGAGUGCGCGCGCGAGGGGAACGCUCCUGUACCCGGUCGCGAUCAGUGCGGUGUGUCGUCGUCGUCGUCGUCAUCAUCAGCAUCAUCGUUACGCGAUUCCACGGCGAGGUGCGUCGCCGGCUGUGCUCCGCGGUCACGACGACGACGACUCCGGCCGAGACGGCAGCAGUUGCGAAGGAGCUUGUGAAAGAGCACAGCCAAACGCGCGGCGACAAGUGUACGCGCGCGAGCGCACUGACGACGAGGGAAUACUCGCAGCAAAUUGUCGUGGCAGAAUCUGAGAUCCGGUACAUCUAAACAUGGAGUUGACACGAUUACCUUCGACUCUGGCUUUGGCUUUGGCCCUGGCCUUCCUUUCGACGGUACACCAUUGCGACGCCGCCUCGGAAAGUAUAAUAGGAAGCCGAGAGACUUGUGACAUCGAGGGGGAAGACAUCACCGUCGAUAAGAUCCUGAACACGAGUUGCUUCCGCUGCAUUUGCAAGAACGGAUUCGUGGAGUGUUUGAAGCAACAGUGUCCGAACAUCGAAGGUUGCUAUGCGUUGCUGGACCCGCGCGACGACGAGUGCUGCCACAAAUGCACAGGGUGCAUACAGAAUGGCGUUUAUCAUGCAUCGGACACGGAAUGGACAGAGGAAAACGAUCCCUGCCAAAUAUUUACCUGUAAAGCGGGCGUCAUCACCGAGUCAAGACUGCGGUGUUACACGCCCUGUUCUCAUCCUAAAGCGGCCCCACCUGGCAAAUGUUGUCCUAUAUGCGAAGGAUGCUUGGUAAAUGGACAGAAAGUAACGGAAGAUAGGUCGGUGACAACGACGGAAGAUCCUUGUGUAACCUGCAAGUGCAACAAGGGACAUCUCACCUGCGCGAAGCAAGCCUGUCCGACUCUCAAUUGUCCUCCCUCGAGGAUUGUCGACGAAUCUGGAGAAUGCUGCCCACACUGUCGAGGCAGCGCAAGAUUCUUUUCACCUCCGAAAGGUGCGUGCAUGCUCGGCACGCGCUUACAUAAAUCGGGUACUGAAUUUUAUGUGGAUCAUUGCACGCGCUGCACCUGCGAUAAUUCGGCGAUCUCGUGCGUAAGGGAGACCUGUCCGGUGCUGGAAUGUCCCAGGGAGCAUCAGGUGACCCUACUCAACCGCUGUUGCCCGCAAUGUUCGCUCGUCGAAGAGAGCAGAGCCUCUUGUUCUUACGGCGGCAGAACUUAUGUGGAUGGCGAAAAUUGGAAGCUGGAUUCCUGCAAGACAUGCACCUGCAAACAGGGCAAAGUGCGCUGUGCAAUGCCUCAGUGUCCGCCGAUGAAUUUUCCUUGCCCGCCAAAUUCCAAGUUGGAACAUCCGGAGGGUCAAUGCUGUCCACGAUGUGUCGAGCGUGACGGAGUUUGCACGGUUUUCGGAGACCCGCACUAUCGUACGUUCGAUGGCAAAUACUACAGCUUCAAAGGAGCGUGCAAAUAUCAGUUGGUUACUGAUUGUUUCUCGCACACAUUCAGCAUACGCGUGACCAAUGAUGCUAGAAAAACCAAGUUCUCAUCAUGGACCAAAGCUAUCGCCAUAAAGAUCGGCGAUUUGAAAGUAAAUCUGGGCCAGAAAAUGAGAGUGAAGGUGAACGGAAAGAAGGUGGACGUUCCCUAUCGCGUAGCUAACCAACUGAACAUCAAUCGUACGGACGACAGUGUAAUCGUUAAUACGCGAAUCGGGAUCAAGGUCCAUUGGGAUGGUAUUAGCUUCCUUGAAGUAUCCGUGCCUUCGUCAUACAGGGGUCAAUUGUGCGGUCUUUGUGGUAAUUUUAAUUCCCAAAUCAAAGACGACUUUACUGCGCGGGAUGGACGAGUAGUACAGGAUCCACAGCAAUUCGGUCAAUCUUGGGUCGUGGGUGGUGGCAGCCAGAAAAAGAUGUGCACCCGAGCUCCGAGACUCGGAAAUACCACCAGACAAAGACGUUGUAGAGAAAGAAAAGAUCAACGAUUGUGCACUCGAUUGAAAUCACAGAUCUUCUACCCCUGCCACAAAAAAGUGAAUCCGGCAAUGUACUACAAAGCCUGUCUUCAGGACAUGUGCGAGUGCCCAACCCAGCACUGCUACUGCGAGUCCUUCGUGGCAUAUGCGCACGAAUGCAAGCGACUCGACAUCCCGCUGCCGCACUGGCGGAAAGCCACAAGGUGUCGAACCGUUUGGGAUCAACCAAUAAAUCCAACGAAUUUUGCUCGCCGCUUACAUUAAUCGCACACUUUGUCCACCGCCGCGUCCGGUCUCUGAAAACAUCAUUCCGAAGGACGUGCAGCAAGAACGUCCGCAUUGAACUUGAUGCACAAUCUGCAUUUAGAAAUUCACUCUAUAUAUAUGACCUCCUUUUCUUUACACUUCCUUUCUAAGAUAUAUCCAAGAUGAUGUUUUGAUAUCACGAACAAUGAAGAUGGGAUAUGAUGCUGGACCUCUAAAACUCAGUGAGAAAUGAUAACGAAAUCGACAUCGAAUUCGACGUCGAAAUCAUUGAACUAACAUUGAAUCGACGUCAAUUCAGUGUAUCAUUUCUCACUGAGAAGUAAUGUGCAUUUGUUUCGUAUAUUAAAUUUUAAAUACGGGCACGAAAUAGUCGAAGAAGAAUAAAAUUCUUUCAGAAUUCUCUUGAAAUUCGGAAUUAGUUUUUGAAAUUGAAUUUUUUGUUAAGCGAGAUAAAGUUUUGGACUAAAAACUCAGUAAGCGAAUAACACAAAGAACAAAACUUUCUUUACUCGGUGAGAAAUCUGUCGAAACACUGUCUUGAAUGCCAAAAUUAAAUUAAUAGUGCUGGCAAAAGUAAAAAACUCGACGUUUGUUUAAAUUUUGAUUUAUUUUUGAGUUGUUUAAACAAUUUGACAUGAAUAGAUGAUCACUUCUGUUACUGAUUUGUUCAAUUUUACUGUUGUAAUUCUGUGUAUAUUUGUUUAAACGUAAAAUCUCGAUCGAUAUCGAAGUGAUAUUAAUAUGCUACUUUCCGAUAUUGGAAUGAUUUAUUGAUUUGACAUCGAUUUGACGAGUCAUUAAGCUUAUUCUUUUUGACUAAACUCCUUGCACAGUGCAUUUUUUUUUUCGGAUAUUAGAGCGGAAAAGAAAAAAGAUAAAUUAUACAAAAAGUUCAGUCUUAGAGUUCGUAGAAAGAAUAAAUUUUAAUACGAGAGUUGGAAGAUAAGAAGAGGGAGAAAUGACCUUUACUUGUCGAUUUGACAUCGAAUUAAUAUUAAAUCAAUGUAAAUUUAAUUAUUUCAAUAUUGAUUCGACGAAUCAUUUCUUAAUGGUAAGAAUUCAAAAAAUUAAUGGAUUUCUGAAGAUAUAGUAAACUCUUUCAAGUUCCACAGUUUCUGUCGAACUCAUAAUGAUUUUCAACAUUCAUAAUGAUUUUUAUGUCAAAAAUUAUUCAAAAUUUAGCUGCUUUCAAUAUCAAGAAUUGCUCAAAAUCAAGUUAUUUCCGAUGUCAAAAAUUUCUCGAAAUUGAAUUCAUCUGAAUCUUGAAUCACCACUGGAUUUCAGUCUCUUUCCGAUGAUCAAAUUUAUAUAUAAUUUUGACUUUUUAUUUCUUACUGAGUAAUAUCCUGUGACUUAUACCGUGAGGGAUUAAUGCGAAAUAAGUAUUCAUAAAUGCUUAUUUAUUCGUGAAGCAAUGCACGUUGCACUUAUAAAUCCGUCGUCUAUAAUGACAAACGGCAAUAGACUGUUAAUGCAGUAGAAAAUGUUUUGCUGUUUGUGUUGCAAAUGUAAUAUGAACUACUGUAUUAUAUGUAUUAUAUGUCGACUGACACACCGUCGGAAUAAUCGUGAUGUUGUGUUACGACAAAUGGCAUACAUAACUGUUAACAAUGAUGAAGCAAAAAACAGUUAAAAUUUUCUUUCAACUUUAUAAGAUACCAGCUUACGUCUCCUCUUCGACAUUCUUCGUGAUGUUAUCUUUCUAUUCCCAAGAGCUCCUUCUGUCUGCGGGAACAUGCAGACCGGACGCGGCGGAGUGCUCGGCGAGAAUCUACUAGUCACCACUUCGUAUCAAUAUGCAUUAACGGUAAGUUCCUGUGCCCCCGUGUUAAUAGAAUCGCACUCGGACUGGAAUAGUAGGAAAUAGUUUUCCUAGGGAAAAAAUCUUGAGUUUUGUAUUAUAUAUAAUAAUUAUUAUAAAAAUAAUUACGUGCUAAUAAUAAUUAUACAAACAAAUGUUGUGCUAGGUUUUUUUAUUAUCAAAUAAAACUCUGAUUUACAAGUUGGUAAUUCCAAAAUAAUGCAUUUUUAGAAAAGAGAAGAAGCUUAAUAUCUGUCUUAUUUGCAAUUUUUUAUUUUUAUUUUACUUUUGUAAUUUGACUAAUAUCAGAAAAUAUGAUAUAUUUAGUUAAUAUUUUUUCAUUAUUGUAGUGUUUUUAAAACAAUUAUGAAUAGAUUAUAAUUUACAAGUAUCUUUUUAUGGAUCUUUUUAUAAAUAUAACAAAUAAAGCUAAACUUUUAUGCACAGAAUCCAACAUUUUUAAAUUUAUUUUGAAAUAAAAAAAUAUGUAUUUAAAUCAGUUUCACGUUUCUUAAAAUUAUUAUUAGCAUUUUGUUUUUUAAGUCGACCGGUUGUAUAGAUCUAUAACCACUAUUUUAACAAGUCAUUCACAUCUGAUUAUUAUUUUAUUCUUGUAGCAAAUUUUUUCAGUCAGACUCUGACUCGAGUGCCUCUAGUAGUGAUUGUUAUCGUUAUGCGGAGUGGCGGCGAUUUCGUACGGAAAUCUCACGUGCAUCACAGCAGCACAAGUAUGCAGCCAUGACGCCCGGAACAUGGAUCUUAUAUGUGUGUAUGUGUGCGUCACGAUUUUAUGCGAAAUCCCGUAGAUCCGAGAGAAAGCUUUGCGAGUCAAAUUAGAGUCGAUCAAAUGUCAGAAAAUGGAUAACCUUGUGUCAUAUGAAGUGAAGCGUUAAAAACAAAAAAUCAUCUAACGCUGUAUUAAAACUUGGCACAAUUUAUUCCUGAAUCUUUUACAUACAUCAUAGAUGUAGAUUCGCGUACAUUAUGCUGAAUCGAAAAUGACACGUCUAGUUCUAGGAUUGUUUGUCGUAAGAUGUUGAAUUAUUAUCGAACAAAAAUUGAUGUGGCAUACAAUUGACGAAAUGUAUCAUUUAUUAUGUUGUAAUCUUAUAAUUAUCAUCGGCAUUUUUUAAUAAUUAUAAAUGCUGCCUUGAAUUUUAUAUGUACUUUACUAAAAGGCUUAUGUACGAAUAAACGUAGGAGUGGAAUUGUAACGAGACGUGUACUGAUCAAAUGGAACCGAUGUAUUUGAAUUCGUGAGGAUAAUUUUGUAGUUAGCAGCAGUUGACGAUAUCUUGUAAUAUUUCAAAACACCGUGCAGUAUUUCGGCCGAUGAGCAGGCUCGCGGCAUAGCAUGUACAUCCCAGUUUAACGCAAUCGAUCAAUUAUAUGUAUAUGUACACAUAUAAAUAUGUAUGGACUCGCGCGGAUCCUUGAAUCCACAGAUUUGUGUCUAUCGAACCUUGUAUUCGUAUCGUUUUGCAAAUCUUUGCAUUCGAAGUUUAACGAAACGACGAAUUUAUUUAACAAAUCGUAGAUUUGUGAUUUUUUAAGCUCUCGUUAUUCGUGAUCUUCGAAAUUGAUUCGCAGAUCCGUCAUUGCAAAUCUACACAGAUGUAUAUAGAUCUAUAUAGAUAUAUUGUUUCACGAAUUCAAAAUUUUACGAAUCUUUCAAUUCAUAAAUUGCACGAUCGCUCUCUUAGGACAUAUAAAUUUCUAUUAUACAAGAUCCAUAAAUUUCUACAGAUCUAGAUACAUAGAUACAAAUACAUUUGCCCCGAAUAUAAUCGGAUCUAUCCACGAGUCUGCCUGUACCCACGAGUCGUGGUUCCGCUAAUGUAUUGUUCUAUUCCUAGAUCCGUAAUGCCAUAGAUCUCUGAUCUCAUCGUAGGUUCUCCUAUUUUUCACAGAUCCUUGGAUUCACAGGCCUGCCAUUUAUCAGACUCUUAUAUUUUCGUCACGUAGAAUUAGAAGGGAAUUUUUCCCUUUCGUCUUUGAAGACGAGUACACCUUUUUUAUAUUAUGUAUACAACAUAUAUCUAAGUAGCGUUUAACGUAAGUGUUUAUAUAUACUUUAAUUUUAGCGAAGCGUUUGUACAUAGAAGGACACGAUUAUUAACGUUUAAGCGAGUACUAAACAUAGUUUCUGAUAAGGUAGCACGAUUUUUAACGGCUCUUUACCUAUUAUUCCUUUUUUUCUUUAUUCCAUUUCUUUGUUCAGUCUUAUUAUAUCCUUACUUUAUCUUCUUAUUUUUACCUUUACCUAGCAAAUUGUUACAAAAUUUUAAAAAAGAAUAUGAAACUAUUUUAUUAGAGCUACUUUUGCAGAAGUCAAUAAAGAAAAGAUAUUUUUUUAACUUACAUUAUUAAUGAAACUGUAUAUAGCUGAAUUAUAUUGUAAUUAAUUAUUACUGAAGAGUUUCGGCGAGAAAUCAAACCAACUUUGUAUACCGGUUUAUCCAAAGCAUUAGCCAAUUUUUGUCGAUUUUAGUGUAGAGCUUUAGUGUAGAACAGAAAGUUACGAGCAUAAUAAAUAAAUUAAAUUCGUAGAUAUUA